AUGGCUUUCUUCUUUAACCGCGGCCGAUCCCGCCAACCAUCCGAUGUUGUGAGAUCAAUUAAAGAUUCGUUGGCAAGACUUCGUGAGCCAUCGGCAGCUCCCAAGGUUGAAGAUGAGUUGGCCAAACAGCUUUCUCAGAUGAAGUUGAUGGUGCAGGGGACUCAGGAAAUUGAAGUCUCAACCGAUCAGGUCCACGCUCUGGUCCAGGCUAUGUUACAAGAAGACCUACUUUACGAACUCGCGCUCGCUCUUCACAGCCUCCCAUUCGAAGCGAGGAAAGAUACUCAAACGAUAUUCUCACACAUACUUCGCUUCAAACCCCCUCAAGCCAAUUCACCGGACCCGCCCGUUAUCUCAUAUAUCGUACACAAUCGACCCGAAAUUAUUAUCGAGUUAUGCAGGGGCUAUGAGCACAGCCAAAGCGCUAUGCCCUGUGGCACUAUUUUGAGAGAGGCCCUCAAGUUCGACGUGAUCGCUGCGAUCAUUCUUUAUGACCAGUCCAAGGAAGGAGAGCCGGCCAUUAGACUGACCGAGGUCCAGCCCAACGUUCCUCAACGCGGAACUGGUGUUUUUUGGAGAUUCUUCCAUUGGAUUGAUCGAGGCAGCUUUGAGCUAAGUGCAGAUGCCUUCACGACUUUCAGGGCACGUAUACCAAAGAGUUAUUCCGAACUCUUGACGCGCCAUAAAUCCCUUGUGACCGGGUACCUGGCGACGAACUUUGAUUACUUUUUCGCGCAAUUCAACUCUUCCCUCGUACAGUCUGACUCAUAUGUCACCAAACGACAAAGUAUCAAGCUGCUGGGUGAGAUCUUACUAGACCGCGCCAACUACAGUGUGAUGAUGCGAUAUGUCGAAAGCGGAGAGAACCUUAAACUCUGCAUGAAGCUCCUGCGCGAUGACCGUAAGAUGGUUCAAUAUGAGGGAUUUCACGUUUUUAAGGUAUUUGUUGCGAAUCCGGACAAAUCAGUGGCAGUGCAACGGAUUCUCAUCAACAAUCGAGAUCGGUUGUUAAAAUUCCUGCCGAAAUUCCUGGAAGACCGGACAGAUGAUGACCAGUUCACCGAUGAGAAGAGCUUCCUAGUUCGACAGAUCGAACUUUUGCCCAAGGAGCCCAUUGAACCAUCACGUUCUGGGCGUGAGCCAUCUCGCUCAACUGCCAACACCGCGACUGUAGCCUGAAAAUGAGAGUCUGUUAACGGUUUGGCUGCGGUGCAUGCCAGUCCGUCAUUGUUGCCUCUUGGCCCUCAUUACUACUCCCCUCACUAUUAUUCACCCCGCCCAUCAACUUUUCCAUCCUGAGUUUGAACAUGCCAGGGAAACGUCGGGGCACCGGAUGUACUACACUAUGCGUAUGGGGUUGCAUUUAUUGCCAGCUGGUAUCUGGCGUUUUGGAGUUACUUUUUUGGGGACUUGGGACGGGAUACGUGCGCGGUUCAUUGCCAGGAGCGCUGCUAGGGUCGCAACAAAGCGCAAAAUAACAGGGAAGAAGAGCGAUGAUGGAAGGGAAAUUUAGAAAGUCCUUACAUCGAAAAAUCAGAUUAAGUAAACCCUGG